AUGCAGCAAGUUCGUUCUCACCUAAAGAACGCACGACACAAGAUCGCGCCAAAAUGCCCGGUUGCCAAAAUAGCAAAACUUAGCUACAUUCCAGUUGUGUUCAUCGUGACCUUCGUGCUAGGGCUGUUUUACCAGAAAGACCUUCUUGUCGAUCCACUGUCUGGAAACACCAAUCCCGGAAGAAGUGGUAACCGUCCAAUAGACCGACAGACCAAGGAUCCCUUCUUAAAUAGCGACUUCAACUUGGAGUCAAUUCCGCCAUCUUGGGUCAACGAAAUGAAAGCAAGACGUUCACGUCUUCUACAACAAUGCCAGGCCAUGAAAGAUGAAUGGACCUCGCGUUUUACUAACCAAGACGGUGUCUCCGACGAACUGGUCUCUUCCCCUGCCCCUCCUUUGUCUAAAUUUGGGGGCCCAAUUGGGUACCUAACGUAUGUCGACCAGAAACAUAAAUUCCUCUUUUGCGGGGUACCAAAAGUGGCCAUUAUGAACUGGAGGGUGGUUCUCCUGCAGUUAUCCGGUAAACACCUUUCCGCUCAGAGUUUAAUGGACAUCAUCCAAAGUUCUGAUUCGUGGGAAGAAGACAUCCCAAGAAUUGAGGGCAAACUCGACGGCCGCCAUGAUGGUUUUCUCAAAGUAAUGUUUGUGCGACAUCCGUUUGAAAGACUCCUCCAUGAUGACGAAGCAACUUUUGAGAACUUCGUGAAGCGUGUUAUAAGCUCCUACGAUCCAAGAUCGCGUUCUCUGAAAACAGUUCCGGGGCACAUCCACUGGGGGGAGAUGUACCAGCUGUGUGAUCCGUGCAACGUGAGGUAUGAUAUCAUAGGACAUUACGACACCCUGACGGAGGAUGCGUCAAACGUGCUGAAAUUGCUGGGAACAAACGUCACAUUCCCCAGCGAAGAGUUUAUUGAGAGCUACCGAAAGGGUAACAGACACGGCUAUGGGAACACGCAACAAAUGAUGGCGCAGGCGUUGAGAAAACUGUCUGGAGAAGACCGCAGAACAUUAAGUGAAAUUUUCAAGGUAGAUGGUAGACUCUUCGGUUUUGAUGUUAACAUGACUGUUAUGCCUUACUAA